ACUAUAUUUACUAAGUUUCAUAACAAACUUCGUAAAUGUAAACAUUUGUAAUCCCUAAUGUUAAAGUUGAUCAGAUAUGCCAGUUUGCGUAGAACUAGCUAUGCAUAGUAUCCUAGCAACGGAAUGUUUACUGUUUAACUGACACAAUGCUUUCAACUUACAACAAUUACAAUUAUUUUCUACAUAAUUAUGCAGUAUUCUUCAUGCUAAAGCAUUGAAAUAUUAAUGAUAACAUUUGAGUCAUCAAUAAUAAUACAAGUUUAGUAUUUAGUAGUGACAGAAGAGUUUUAAGUCAAAAUGUUCAUUUACAUGAGCAAAAAGAUCGCAAUACCAAAACAGUCUAAUGUGAAUUGCAUAUCAUGGAACCAUGCAACUGGAUACAUUGCCGUUGGUGGAGAAGAUGGAAUGUUAAAAGUAUUAAAACUGGAAUCUGGGGGUGGUGGAAAUCUUUCGAUGAAUCUGACACUGGAGGGACACACAGGUCAUCUACAAGUUGUUAUAUGGAAUGAAGUAUUCCAGAAACUUACAACUAGUGAUGAACAUGGUGUAAUUAUUGUGUGGAUGCUUUAUAAAGGCUCUUGGUAUGAGGAAAUGAUCAACAACAGGAAUAAGUCUACAGUGUCCAGCAUGGCAUGGGGCUCAGAUGGACAAAAGAUAUGCAUAGCAUAUGCUGAUGGUGCUGUUAUAGUUGGUUCUGUGGAUGGUUCCCGUGUUUGGGGUAAAGACAUUAAAGGGCCGGGUUUGAAUGCUGUUCAGUGGUCACCAGAUAACUCACUGUUACUAUUUGCAUUGUCAAAUGGAGAAUUACAUUUAUAUGAUGAUCAAGGAAACUUUAUAAUUCCAGUAGCGACCAAUCGAAGUUCAGAUUCAAUGGAAAUUAUAACAAUGGACUGGUACUCCGGCAGAGCACCGGCUAAUAGACCCAUUUUAAUGAUUUGUUACAAAAGUGGUCAGCUGUUGUUAAUGAAAAGUUGUGUAGAAGAAGAGAGUGUUGUUGUUGAAACAAAUAUGACUAUAAUUGACUGUCAAUGGAAUCAUAAUGGGACAAUAUUAGCGGCAGCAGGCUGCACAAAGGAACAAGCUAAUGCUAUACAAUUUUUCAGUGCUUAUGGAGAGCAUGUGAGAACGCUGCGAGUUCCGGGUGGCUCUAUGAGAGCGCUGUCGUGGGAGCGAUGUUCCCUGCGGCUGGCCGUGGCCAUAGAUUCCUUUAUUUACUUCGCUAAUGUAAAGCCUGACCACAAAUACGCGUACUACGGCAACACUCUAGCAUUCGUCUCUGACACCGAUACUGUUACGUUUUGGGACACCGUGACACAUCAGUCAUGGAUAAAUCAUAUUCCCGACGUCAUAGAUAUGUGCGGAGUCGAGGAAUAUUGUGUUAUAGCGACAUUGAACACGCUUAUUAUAUCGAACCAACAAGGAAUUCAAUGCGACGCAAAAGCAAUAACAAUGCCUAUAGUUGGUGUUACAAUAAAUAGUAAAGCGGUCGCCGUGGCCGCGUCUAAGGAAUCAUUUUUAAUAUGGAAAUUUUCCAUACCAUCCAGAUCACAUACUUCGGAGCAAUUGUACCGUGCGGAUGGCACUCCCAUGUCCGCGGGGGAAGGUUUCCCAGAUGACACCAUCUGUUGUGUGACAUGUUCCGACACUCAUCUGUUAGUUGGCAGAGAUUCCGGCACGAUAUUGCUUUUCUCUCUUGUCAAUUUUAAGAAAAUAACAUCUAUUAAUAUGAAUGCAAAACCUUACAAAAUGGGCUUGAAUUCAAACUCUAGUAAGUUUUUCGUUAUCGAUCAAGCGGGGUCUCUGUUCGUUUUGGACACGGAUAUGUCGAACAAUAUAAGUAUGGGUCAAGCUGUGCGCAAGGACGUGUGGAGCGGCCUGUGGGCGGCCGACAACUGCCAAAUGCUGGCCGUCGCCGAGAAGGCUCGUCUGUACGUUUUGAGGGACAACGAGCCCGAGGAGCCGCUCACUAUGCAGGGCUAUCUCUGCAAGUUCAAGGAGUUGGAAAUAACCAGUGCUCUUCUGGACAAUAUAAGAGACAAAUGUACUCCACAGCACAUAGUGCGAGUGGAGGUGAAGUCUCUGAGAGACACGCGCCAGUUGAUCGACAAAGUGGGCCUGAAGGAGGCGGAGACCUUCAUUAAAGAUAAUCCGCAUCCACAACUUUGGUUACUUUUAGCAGAAGCCGCGCUGAAGAAUUUCGAAAGCGAGUCUGCUUUAGAGACGGCGGAGGCGGCGUUCGUGCGGCGCAGCGACUACGCCGGCAUUCGCUGCGUCACGCGCCUCCGAGCCUUGCAUUCCAACGCGCUCAAGAAAGCGGAGAUACUCGCCUACUUUAAAGACUUCGAUGCUGCUGAAAAAAUAUACCACGACGAAGACAGGCGAGACUUAGCUAUCGCACUACGUAAGCGCUUGGGUCAUUGGUUUCGAGUGGUGGAGCUGUUGAAGAUGUCUGUGAAUACGACAGACGCGGAAGUUAAGCAAGCAUACAUCAACAUCGGUGACUAUUAUUUAGAUAGACAGAAUUGGACUGGCGCAAUCGAAUAUUACUCCAUGUGUAAUAAUAUGGAGGGCUUAAAGAAAUGCUACAUGGCCUUAGAAGACAACGAGUCUUUAGCUAAACUAUUCAUAGGAUCACCGAGACAUGCCAAGGAAGCGGGGAAACAAGUACUUUUUGAUGAUAUGAACGACGCAAAUCAAACUGUAUCAAUUCAAAAUGUUAUUCAGCUGAAAGAAAGUGGAAGAAUGCUUCAAGCGGCGGCUAUGGCGUUUCAGUUAGCCAACAAUGAGGCUGCAGAAAAGGCGUCGCCGUCCCGCAUCAAGAAGCUGUACAUCUUGUCCGGUCUCCUCUACACACAGAACUCUGUGGAGGGGCGCGGCGGGCGCGAGGCGGCGCGCAGCUACCGGGCGGCGAGCGCGCAGCACUGGCUGUGUCUGUGUGCGCGGCGCGCGCGCUCGCCCCUGCGCAGGGACACGGCGCUCGCCCUCGCGCACCGCCUCGCCGCGCACGCACACCUGCUGCACCCCGCGCAGCACCGCCAGAUGUGGUGUACAGUUGCCGCUAUUGCGUUGCAAGUGAGAGCUUUCGAACUCUGUUCAAAAGCUUUCAUUAAAUUGGAAGCGCUGGAGCCUGACGUCUUUGAAGAGCUUGCAAUUGAAGUAUUUACACGAUGCAAACCAAAGGAUAGUAGAGGAAACAAAGUUGACUGUCCAAAUUGUCAAACGAGUAUACCCGACUGGUGUGUGCAAUGCGCUGCGUGCGGGGCGCAGUUCCCCGGGUGCGCGGUGUCGGGGCGCGCGCUGUACGGGGCGGGGGCGGGGGCGGGGGCGAGCUGGACUUGCGCAGUGUGCGCCGCGGCCGCGCAGCGACACGACCUCGUCAUACGACACUCCUGCCCCAUGUGCCACGUGCAGCUGCCCUAGCCAUAGUCCCUGGCAUCGUAUACCCUCACCACUAAUCUCCUAAAUCAGACAUUCCCAAACAUAUUUCGCCCAGUUUGAUACUAUAGCGUAGUGACCCCCCCCCCCAUGUUUUAUGUACCUUAGAAACUGCAAUUACAUUUAAUUUUUUGCAAGACAUUUCUUGACUGGGGUUUAAUUAACCUAUUAUCAUUAUUAUUAUAUUAUUAACUAUUAUUCUAAACAAAACUCUUCUUACAAGAGAGAUCAAUAAUACAACUUUACGAUUUUCACAUUAAAUAUGAUAUUCAUCACCUCCUUAACUAAGUGAAGUUAGUAAUAUUAAUAAGCUUUACUUAAUUGUGAUCAAACAAAUGUAAUGUAUGCCGUCCGUUAAAAUUACGUAUUAUAUAAGAAAUAAAGAAA